AAAUAUAUGCACAAAGAGUGAAUAAAGUUUGGAGCUUUGAUCGAAAAAAAUCGGUGCUUUAUUCUUACAGAGAUUGUUGUUGUGGGUCUGUUGUCUUAAUCAGUAACUGUUUCUUGUUUUUUUAUUGUUGUGGGGAUCGUCUGAUACAAUAAUUUCAAAGUUUCUUUAAUGUGUGUAUUGUUUUUUUGCAUCUGAUUGAAUCUAUACAUCGAUUAAGCUAUGGAUAUCAAUCGGAAAGCUCACCCGGAUUGCAAAUAUUCUGGAAACCCUUUCCAUGAAUGUGCUUCAGAUUGUUUAGAGAGGAUUGCUCAAGGCCGUGGAAAGAAGAAUUCAAAGAAGCAAGCUUCAAAGAACUUUAGCCUCCCGGGGAGUUUUGGUAAGAAAAAGACGGAAUCACAGCCACCGUCACCUCUGAACACAAGGCAGUAUCAGAACGGUACCGCCAAUUCGCCAAGGGCUCAUCAAUCAAGACCUUCACCAGUAGCUGUGAAGAAGACGGUGGCGAUUACAGAGGCGAACAAAUCUUUCCCGGCUUUAUCAUCUGACCUCAACGGUCAGCAUGAUUCUUUUAACUAUAAGCCGGAGAGGCCCUUGCAGAUGGUUCCUCUAUCCCCAAACAACAUGGCUGAUCGUAGCAAAACCGUAUCACCAAGAUCUCGAGAGCAUGAACAGAGUGGCAAGAAUAACACAGCCAGUGAGAUUAGUAUCUUCAAUGUCGUAAGCCCUCCAAGAUCAGACGCAAAUGAUGAUGAUGAUGAUGAAAACAAUGAUGAUGAGAACGGAGUAGAGCUUGACCUUCAAUCAGUAAUGUCGGACUCAUGUGUCUCGGUUGGAAAAUACCGUGUGAACUCUUGUGUCUCCACAAUCCUAAGGUCAAUCAUAGGCAAACACGGAGACAUAGCCGCAAACUGCAGGCUAGAAUCAGCAUCGAUGAGGUCAAGGUACCUAGAGUGCCUAUGCUCAUUGAUGCAAGAACUUGGAUCAACCCCGGUUGCGCAGAUGACCAAACUUAAAGUGAAAGAGAUGCUCGCGGUUAUCAAGGACUUGGAGUCUGUGAACAUUGAUGUUGGCUGGCUACGUUCGGUUCUUGAAGAGUUUGCUCAGUAUCAAGAAAACGCAGACACAGAGAAAGAGAGACAAGAAGUAUCGCUGAGGUCUAAGAAACAAGAAUUAGAGAAUGAGGAAGCAGAUUUGGCCGUGAUUGAAGAGGAAGUAAGGAAAGCGAGGUUGCGUGUCGAGAAGAUGAAGGCAGAGCUGACUGAGCUUGAGACAGAGCGGUCGCGGAUGGAGGAGAUGGGAUUUAAGGUUGAGAAAUUCAAAGGGAAGUCGUUUCUUGAUGAGCUUCUUUGAUGUUAAUAAGAGUAAUUAAACUCAAUACUUCACAGGUCUAAUGUUAAGUUAAAGUUAAAUAAGUUCUUAAAUAUUCAUCAAGUUGAAAGAUAACAUUACUGUUGCUAGUACCUAGUGGUUUAAUUUUCACCGAGUGUAUUAUUUUUUUGGUUUAAUUCUUUUGUAUCUGACUAUCUGUGAUAAUAAAUUACUUUGUACUAUUCAUUUCAA